AUGAACGCCCUUGGUAGGGUGGUUCGAAAAUCUGCCGCUGCGACGGCUGACGUCUGUCGUUGUACGACACGUGCUCCUAAACGCGUUCGAGAUCGGCGCACGCACGAGGUCACGUGCUGGUCGGACGUGUCGCGGAAGGAGAAGCUGAGGGAGUGCCGCAUCAGAUGCCGGAGGCCCUGCGGGACGUCGGUGUACGCCGCUAACAUCUUUGGCAGCGACUACAAGGACGCACAACGGCACGAAAUCUACGUUGUUCUUCUGCUUGGAUCCUACCAAAGGAAAAUAAUCGAAUCGAGGCCUAUGCUGACGGGCGACACGCUCUUCUCGUACCUGGAGGGCCACAUCGGCAUGUGGCUCGGCCUGACGCUCUCCUCGGGGGCCGGGCUGGCGGCCGGACUGUACCGGGCGGCGGCCGACCUCGUGCGUCCGCUUCUCGCCCCUCGGCGGCGCGCUUAGACGACCACGCAAGCUGCGCUCUCCGGGGCACCGAGUUAGGAAUCGCGCUGCCUGCCGCGCAACUUUUUUUUUUAAUACACGCUUGAAAAAAAGUAAUGCACAAAGAGCGCGUGGUGCAUUAAUAGUCACUACUAGACUUAUUUUCCGCUUCAACUGCGCACGAUGUCACGUAGUUGGCAUGUGACUUAAGCUUCAAAUCAUUUGUGACGCUUUGUUGUCAUAACUAAGAGAUAUAACACUAUAAUAGACAGGCACUUUUUUCUCUUUCUGUAGGUUCACUUUCAACUUGGUAUAUCUUUAAUUGUCGAUGCCAUCCCCGCAUUAAACCAUUUGUUUG